GUUUAUUCUUUGCCUGUCAAUUUUUCGCCGUCAAUCUUUAGCAUAAGCGCCCGACAAAUUUCUGUUCUACGUGGUGUCCAGUUAUCCAAUCAAUAGUCUAUUCUCGUUUUAUUUCUCCAAAAGUUGUUCUAGACUGCAGUGCGAUCUUGAGCUUUUUUUUUUUUUUUUUUCAGUUACAAUCCACGCAAUCGACUGGUGCCAAAUAGCGCCACAAAACUCCCAUAUCCAACACAAAAGCGAUGCCUUCUGUGCAAGGCAUUCUCGACAAGCUCAUUGGCAAGAAGCCGGUAGAGACUCCACCACCGAUCACCACCCGUACCGCCGUUCUCCUCCUUAUCCUCUAUACUGCUGUCUACGUGGUGCCGUUCUAUCUCUCAUCCCGCACCAGGCCGUCCGCCCAGCUAUCUCGUGAUGCCCCGUCUGUCAUCCGGGCCCGCAUCACGUCAGUGUUGAUAUCCUGCCUGAUCUGUUCCCUGGCAACCUUUUUCGUCGUCACCAAGGAUGGCCAGAUUACGCCGAUGGGCGCCCUGCGGAUGAUGGGCUAUUGGCCCGUGGGCUUUGUCGAGACCGCUAAAUCUCUCGCCCUGACCAUGCUUCUAUUCCUGGGGCCGCUGUUUGAGUACUUCGUGGUCGAGCGUGGCUGGCGCGAGUGGAUCGCCCUCACGCCGGUGUAUGAGCUCUUUGGCGAGUGGACAACGUGGCGUAAUAUUGUUGCCGGUCCCGUGACGGAGGAAAUCCUCUUCCGCUCCGCCGGCAUCCCCCUGAUGCUGCUUGCCAGGACCUCGGUCAACAAGACCAUCUUCCUGACGCCCAUCAUCUUUGGGCUCGCCCACAUGAACCACUUUUACGAGUUCCGCAUAUCGCACCCCCAGGUGCCGGUCACCGCCGCCGCCAUGAGGUCCGUCUUCCAGUUCUGCUUCACCACGCUGUUUGGCGCGUACGCCACCUUUGUCUUCCUCAGGGGCGGCAGCCUGUUGAGCGUGUGUCUGAUCCACGCAUUUUGCAACUCGAUGGGCCUGCCGAGGCUCUGGGGCCGCGUGGAGCCGCCCGCCGCCGCUGGCGAGUUUGCCGGGGAUGGACCGGCGCACCAGUCCAAGGCCACGGUGCUCACGGUGGCAUACUACGUGCUGCUCGUGACCGGAGCCGUGCUGUUUUACCAGAACAUCUUUUCGCUUACCAAGAGCCCCCUAGAGCUUGCUUUGAUUCAGUAAUUGGAGAGGGGGAGGAAAGAAAAGAGGAAUGGUCGAUGCUGAAGCGGGUUUGUUUUUAAAUUCUUAAACAAAAGCACUCUUUUUGUAGAAUGGACUUCGCGAUCCUGGACUUUUUCAAUGUUGAUGCUAUCCAUAUAGAUCGCACGUAUUGCUUGGAGCGAGUUUCUAUGUUUACAUCCCAAUCUGUAGGUCAAUUCUAUUUUUCCUGCCAAGCACUAGUCUAGUGUCAUAUAGAGCCAUCAGGUGGUCUAAUGUCACAUCCUGUCUCGCCCCCCCCCUUGGCUUGAUAUUUAUCAUGUCAAGUCUAUCUAAAACACGCUUGUGCUAUACUGUGAGAUUGCAGUAGGGUAACACGGGAAAUAUCUAGGGUUGAACUGUUUAUUGCCUUGAAUCAUUUUUCUCAUAUCUAAGGAUGAUCAUCUUUGUGGACAUGACACUUGCAUAAUCAAUCGUCCACAGCCAGCGAUCCCGGCAUAGGGAAAGCAUCGUCGGCACGCGGUCUCCUGUAUCGAAGGGAAUCCCUCUGCGCGGCCUGACGGGCCUCCGCCUCAACCAAAACCUCCCUCCUCAGAUCCCGCGCAACGUCGGCGCCUUUGGCUUUGCUCAUGGAACGCUCCACAUCCGCAAUGGCAUCGUCGCCACCCCGGGUGUUCUUCUUGCGCGGCCACAUGCUAGGCAGCGGGAUCUCCUGGAAUCUGGGCUCCACGCAGCGCUCGUCGAACCAGCGGUGAAGCCGCGACUCGACCAGCUGCGCGAUCUUCGGCACGUCCUGGAGGCGCGAGCGACUGCCGACGAGGCUACGGAUGGAGAAAUCCAGGCGGUAAUCGUCGAGAAAGUUGAACACCAUCUUGGUUGGUGUAGACUGGCUCGGAUUGCUUGGGAUAAAUGAUAUGGCGAGAGUGCCGCUGAAGCGCACCACAGAAACAGCGAGGGCAACAGGCAGCACAGCGGUGAGAUUCUUGGGGUAGUUGAGAAGCAACUUGGUCUCCAGAGCGAGCGUUAUCAUGUCGCUCAGGUCCACAUCCAUACGAGCCUGCAGGGUGCCACCGUCGCGGGUGGCCAUGUUUGCAUCAAAAGCCUUCCCAGGCCCAAAGUCAAGGCCAUCCUCGUCUACGGGGAUGAUACGGCAGUUGCUGAAUAUGGGAAAGUCCUCGCCUAGGCUGAGCUCGGUGACGCGGAUCUCGUCCAAGAAGCUAGGGCGGCUGGUACCAUUGAGGGCCUUUGUCAGGGAGGUUAGGAUAGCAUCGUCGUGCUGGGCAUCACUGCGGAACUGAGCAAUGGUCUGCGCCACUAGCACGUUGAACCAGUCCAAGCUCUCUGGCUGGUGGCUUUCAACUCUGUAGUAUGUCUUGUUGAGGAUUGAACCGAUGGUCAGGGAGGGCGGUCCGGAUCGGAGUAUGCUGGAUUUCUUCCUAUUGAGCACCGAUUGUUGCUGCUGCUGGCUGCCAGGGCGCUGAUUCGAUGUCCUGAGGCUCAGCAGGGACUUUUUAUGGGCGAGAGUGCGGGAUCGUCGUUCGCUUGCGCGCAAGCUUGCCGUCUCUUCUGGAGAGGGAGGAUCGCCGAAAAUAAAGAACUUGAUGAAGGCUGCAAUCAAAAGAACGACCGAUAGCUGCCCGACUAUUAGACCUUGCGUGAAGGAUAGUCUACGAUUGAACAAGCCGAACAGGGCAGGAAUCUGGUGUCAUAGCUGCGACUUGUGGCAAGAAACAUUGUUGCCAGCAAUUGCCAGGAGAUUAUGUGUAAGACACACGCCAGUGGGUGGUUUGGGCACCUACGAAGUAUGUACGAAGUAG